GCCAUCUUUGUGUGGGGCAGCGCUUUCGUCGCGCGGCUCCGGGACUCCGCAGUGGGUCUGCGGGCGAUGGAGCUGGUGACGAGCUCUCGGAUUCUUCUCUGGCUGCUGUUGCUACUCCUAACCCCCGCGCAGGGCCGCCAGAAGGAGUCAGGUUCAAAAUGGAAAGUAUUUAUUGAUCAAAUUAACAGGGCUUUGGAGAAUUAUGAACCAUGUUCCAGUCAAAACUGCAGCUGCUACCACGGUGUCAUCGAAGAAGAUCUGUCACCUUUCCGAGGUGGCAUCUCCAGGAAGAUGAUGGCAGAAGUGGUUGGACGGAAGUUAGGGACCCACUAUCAGGUCAUUAAGAAUAGACUAUACCGAGAAAGCGACUGCAUGUUUCCCUCAAGGUGUAGUGGUGUGGAGCACUUUAUUUUGGAAGUUAUUGGGCACCUCCCUGAUGUGGAGAUGGUGAUCAAUGUGCGUGACUAUCCUCAAGUUCCUAAAUGGAUGGAGCCUGCUGUCCCAGUCUUCUCCUUCAGUAAGACGUCAGAGUACCAUGACAUCAUGUAUCCCGCAUGGACAUUUUGGGAAGGGGGACCUGCUGUUUGGCCACUUUAUCCUACAGGUCUUGGGCGAUGGGACCUCUUCAGAGAAGAUCUGGUAAGGUCAGCAGCACAGUGGCCAUGGAAAAAGAAAAACUCUACAGCAUACUUUCGAGGAUCAAGGACAAGUCCAGAACGGGAUCCUCUCAUUCUUCUAUCUCGGAAAAAUCCAAAACUUGUUGAUGCAGAGUACACCAAAAACCAAGCCUGGAAAUCUAUGAAAGAUACCUUGGGAAAACCAGCAGCUAAAGAUGUCCAUCUUGUGGAUCACUGCAAAUACAAGUAUCUGUUUAAUUUUCGGGGUGUAGCUGCAAGUUUCCGGUUCAAACACCUCUUUCUAUGUGGUUCGCUUGUUUUCCAUGUUGGCAAAGAGUGGAUAGAGUUCUUCUAUCCACAGCUGAAGCCAUGGGUUCACUAUAUCCCAGUGAAAACAGAUCUCUCCAAUGUCCAGGAACUGUUGCAAUUUGUGAAAGCAAAUGAUGAUAUAGCUCAAGAAAUUGCUGAAAGGGGAAGCCAAUUCAUUAUAAACCACUUGCAGAUGGAUGAUGUCACCUGUUACUGGGAGAACCUCUUGACUGAAUACUCUAAAUUCCUGUCCUAUAACGUGACCAGAAGGAAAGGCUAUGAUCACAUUAUUCCCAGAAUGUUAAAGACUGAACUGUAGCAGUCACAGGACCAGAGUCCUUUGUGGGGCAGCAGAGCUCAGCUCUCCUGUUGUGAAAAGCUUCCUGUGAGCAUGGCUCCUGUAACUUGAACACCCUUGAUUAAGCCAAACAUCUGGUUUUCUUCAUGCUACACCCACAACAAGCCUUGAGGAAGAUCUAACGUGAGUGUGAUACGCAGAUAGGAAGCACUCUGACUUGUGCUGAAUAAGGACCAGAAAUCAUGAGAUGUGGAUUUUGAACUGGAUUUUACCUUAUUUUCUAAUGAUAAGUCACAGCUUGUGCCUCGAACCAGCUACGUGUGUAUGCUCAUCACUGUGAAAUCAAGUGUGUCCGUGCAGUGAUGCCUGUGUCCCAUCCCUGGGAUCUAGUACCACUCAUCUUCACAGUUCUUAAGUUAUUCUAGGUUGCAUCUGGUCCUUUAUGUUAAAGUAGAAAUCCUGUGGGAUUUUGGAAAAAUACCUGGGCCUCAUUUCCUGAAAGGCUUAAGGAAGCAGUAGCUGUGUUACACAGUGGUGUAAGAGCUCUCUUUGCAAAAGCGUAAACUGUGGUACUCUGGAGGUUUCUAUAAUGCCACCUGGAGAAGGCCAAUUGCAUGAGUAAUUAUUGCAGUUGUAUUUCAAGUUCCUAUUCUGUGCUUUCACUCCCUUCAUUUUAUUGUCUCUCUGAAGGACAAAAAAAAAAAAAAAAAAAAAAAAAAAAAGACAAAUACUUGUUAAUUUAGGAAGUGGUCUUGGCUCUUUAUGAGAAGUCUUCCUAAAAGACCAACUCUUCGUACCCCUUUGUACACC